AUGUCGCACGUCACGGCGGACUUGGAGUACUUCAAGUGUGACAUGUGCGGCGUGUACCUGCACAAGGACAUCUUCUGCGACCACCGGCGCGAGUGUAAGGGUCUUGAUUCGACAGAGAUGAAAAAGAGUCAGUGCCGCCAGAUUGAGCUAGCGUUAGACGAGGAGACGCGGCGCCGUCUCGCGUCGCGGGCUGCCGAUGGGGCAACUUUUGUGCCUGUCGAGCUUGCCGAAAGACACCAGCACGCGCGGGUGCGGCGGAAUGUGGUGAACUUGUACCAGGCGGAGGUGGACAAGGCGCUGCAGCAGCAGCUUGCCCCUGACAAGAUGAAGUCGCUUGCCGCAUUUUUGCGGGAAUGA